UAUUCCUUCAAACAAUACUAAAAUGAUCAAGCUGUUAGUACUGAUUUCCUUUCUUAGUUCUUCGGUGAUGUCUGACAUUUUUGGUUCAGACUAUUAUCGGAAAAGAAUAAGCCUGAAGUCAGUGGGACAAAGAAUUAUCGGAGGAGAGAAUGCCGUUAUAGAAGAAUAUCCAUUUGCAGUUUCCCUACAGAACAAUGUCACGAUUUUUGGCCACGAUGUCGUACAUUUUUGCGGCGGUAGUAUUAUCAGUGAUACGUGGAUAAUAACAUCGGCUCAGUGUGCUCUCAGUAUAAACGUUAGGGAAUUUCAUAUUAGAGCGGGUAGCACGUAUUAUUAUAAAGACGGUACAAUAUACAAUGUUGAAAAGAUCGUUAUCCACCCUGCUUUCAAUUAUCAAAAUAAUGAUUUCGACAUUGGACUUGUAAAGCUAAAGAAGAAGAUAGUGUUUGAUAAAUUUAAGCAACCAAUUAAAUUAUCUGAAAAAGAUCAGAUAAUCAAAAAUGAUAUUGAAAUUAUUGUCGUUGGUUGGGGAGCAACACGGAAUGUUGGUCCAUUUUCCGAGAACUUGAAAAAAACUGAUCUACAAAAAAUUAGUAACGAAGAAUGUACAUCGACGUACGGAUAUCAAUUAACUAAUCGAAUGUUUUGCGUUAUCGCCAACAAUCAUAAACCAUGCGUCGGUGAUUCCGGUGCUCCGGCUAUAAUAAACAAUACACUAAUUGGUGUGGCAUCGUGGAGCGAAGCUUGUGGAUUUUCAUACCCAACUGCCUAUGCGAGCCUAUCUUAUGUGAUAGAUUGGAUUAAAGAAGAAACUGCAAUAUCUUAAUCGAUGAUAAAUAUUCGAUUUCUCUGAAAUUUAUUUAAAAUUUGUAUGAUAUUCAUACUCGCGAUUAAUUGUAGUUUUUAAAUUACACAUAUAUGUACUUCAUUUUUUAAUAAAAUUAAAAGGAAAAGAAAUGCAAA